AUGGCGGAGUUUGCCAAAGAAAGAGACUGGGAUCAGUUCCACAGCCCCAGAAACCUUCUCUUAGCUCUGGUGGGUGAAGUUGGAGAGCUAUCUGAGAUAUUCCAAUGGAAAGGGGAGGUUCCAAAGGGACUCCCUGACUGGAAAGAGGAGGAGAAAGAACACCUGGGGGAAGAGCUUUCUGAUGUUCUGCUUUAUUUGGUCAGGCUUUCUGACAUCUGUGGUGUUGAUCUUGGCAAAGCUGCUCUUCGCAGUUGGAAACACCCACCACCACGGAAUCUGCAUGAACCGAACUGA